GUGAUUUUUAAAGAAUGUGUAAUUCAAAGAUAAGGUCUGAUGAAUCAAAAAGCUUUGUAAGGCACUCAUGGUUCCUGUAACCAGUUUUCUUGCUGUUAUCAACAAAACAUUUGCAGAAGUAGUCAACAGAAGAAGUGCAGUCACUUCUGUGUUUAAGCAUAGCCUUUUUUCUGUCUUGGCGUGAUGCGGCUUUCAGUCAAGCGGGCAGUUGUACUGCUAACGCUCUUCGGAGCUUGUACGCUUACUAGGACUCUAUAUGAGGUGCUAACAUGCCCUGGAGAGGUUCCCAGAACCCAUAUGGUGUCUAUACGGGCUCGAAACUGGAACCAGACACAGUACCGGUAUAACCAAAACACACCGAUGGUGUUUGUGGGUGGGGUUCCACGAUCAGGGACCACCUUGAUGCGUGCCAUGCUUGAUGCCCACCCUGACAUCCGCUGCGGGGAGGAGACGCGGGUGAUCCCCAGGAUACUGUCUCUGCGGCAAGGCUGGGGGAGACAGACGGAGGAGCGCUGGGCGCUGGAGGACGAGGGAGUCAGUCAAGAGAUGCUGGACGCUGCGACCAGAGCGUUCCUGCUGGAGGUCAUCGCACAGCACGGGGAUCCUGCACCACUGCUGUGCAAUAAAGACCCCUUUACACUGAAGAGUGCUGUUUAUCUGUCACACAUUUUCCCCAACUCUAAAUUCCUGCUAAUGCUCAGAGACGGCCGGGCGUCUGUGCACUCUAUGAUCUCCAGACGAGUGACUAUCGCUGGCUUCAACCUGUCCAGCUACAGGGACUGUCUGACUAAAUGGAGCAAUGCAAUCGAAGUCAUGCUCUCCCAGUGUAUGGCAGUAGGCCGGAGUCGCUGUAUGACCAUCCGCUAUGAGGAUCUGGUGCUGCAGCCGCAAGCCACCAUGCGGCGUGUGCUGCACUUUCUGAAAUCACCGUGGCACGAAGGUGUGCUUCACCAUGAGGAGGCCAUCGGUCAGCCUGGAGGAGUAUCACUGUCUCGAAGUGAACGCUCCACGGAUCAGGUGAUCAAACCAGUUAACCUGGAAGCCCUCACACGCUGGGUAGGCCACAUCCCAGCAGACGUCCAGCAGGACAUGGAGAACAUCGCGCCAAUGCUGCGCAAGCUGGGCUACAACCCCAAAGCCAAUCCACCAGACUAUGGUCAACCAGAUCCAGAAGUGAUCAACAAUACUGAAAGGGUACUGAGAGGAGAUUUUAAAACUCCCAUGAGACUGAAAAGAUCGGUACAAGUAUCUCCAAAGAUAGUUUCUAAAGAAGAUACAGAGCAACCUGAGAAGGAAACGAGGAGCAUCAUUAUGCAAUAGCUGUGGUAACAUGGGGUCUGAUUUCGACGUUGCCAGAAUCCAUUAUAAUAAUUAGGUGACUAAA